AUGACUAAAUGUGUAGAAAAGGUGAGGGGCAUUACUCAUCACAUGAAGUGGGCUUAUCAAAACUGGGAGGAAGUCAGGUGUGAUUCCCCUUUGCUGAGUGCGAAUGGAGUGUCAGGGGAUGGAGAUUUGGACCCCAGAACAGCAACUGCCUGGUUUUGUGUCCAGAAAGAAGACGAGGAAGGCAAUAACAAAGCAAGGAAGUACUUAACAUGUUGUGAGCACCAUGAAAAGAGAGAAGAAGUGGGAAGCGGAAGUGGAAAAAAUGGGGAAGGAGAAACAGGGGUUGAUGUAUUACAUAGCUCACUGUCCUCAAGUUUAUGUGCCUUGUAUCACUGCAAUGUGGAUAGUGGUAGUGCGGACAAACUCCUCUCCUGUGUGAGAAUGGCAGAGCUGAAACUGCGAGAUCAAAACCACCUCCGUCAAGGCAAGCAUCGCUUUUCAUUCCUCAGAGGUGCGAAGCGGGCGUUGCAGCAGCGGGCUGGCGGGGGCCCUGGUCUGGGCCAGCAAGCGGGCUGCUCUCCCCCCGGGCUGCGGGAAGCAUCUUUGCUGGCAGCAUCACCCUCCCUCAGAAUUGCUCUUCUACAACGGGUAGCAGAAUUGGAAAAGGUCAAUGCAGAAUUUCUGCGCACAAAGCAGCAACUUGAGCAAGAAUUUAAUCAAAAGAGAGCAAAAUUUAAGGAGUUAUACUUGGCUAAGGAAGAGGACCUGAAAAGACAAAAUGCAGUGCUGCAAGCAGCCCAAGAUGAUCUGGGACAAUUGCGGACCCAGCUGAUGGAAGCUCAUGCUGAAAUGGAGAACAUCAAAGCUAUAGCUACAGUAUCUGAGAAUACAAAGCAGGAAGCUAUCGAUGAGGUGAAGAGACAGUGGCAAGAAGAAGUAGCUUCACUACAAGCUGUUAUGAAAG